CUAGAAAGAAGGGGUAUUCCCGCUGCUGGGAAUGGAUGCUCUUCACUGAAAAUGGAGAAACCAAACCCUCCUUCACCGAUCAGAGAGCCAGCUCCGAAAAAGCACAAGAUGUCCACCACGACCACCGACGAUGAAGACUUUGACCUAGCAGUCCCCGCUGCCGCAGACGGAGGUGCCCCGCCGGAGAAGAAACCCAAGUACAAACGUCGCAAAGUCGCAAUUUUUUUCGCCUACUGCGGUGUGGGAUAUCAGGGAAUGCAGAAGAACCCUGGGGCCAAAACCAUAGAAGGGGACCUCGAAGAAGCUCUAUUUCACGCCGGCGCCGUUCCGGAGCAAGACAGGAGCCAGCCACGGCGCUAUGACUGGGCGCGCUCCGCCCGGACUGACAAGGGUGUGAGUGCUGUGGGUCAAGUCGUCUCGGGUCGGUUUUACGUUGACCCUCCUGGUUUCGUCAACCGCCUGAACUCGAACCUCUCUCCCCAGAUCCGGAUAUUCGGUUAUAAGCGUGCGACGGCGUCUUUUAAUGCUAAGAAGUUCUGUGAUAGGCGCAGGUAUGUUUACUUAAUCCCUGUUUUUGCUCUGGACCCGUCUGCUCAUCGCGACCGGGAAAGUGUUCUUGCCAGUUUAGGGUCUGGGAAUGAACUUGUUAAGUGUUUGGAAUGCUCAGAAAGAGGACGUAAAGUUAUAGGUAUAAUGGGUAAACGCAGUUUCGAUUCAAAUAAUGAGCCAAAUGUUGCUGCAUCUGACCUCCCCAUACAUUCUGAAACUGAGGAAAAAACGGAAAACGGAAAUUCCCAAGGUGAGAAAGAUGAAUCGACUGCCAUGGAAGUCGAGAAAGGCAAUGAGAGAGAAUCUUUACUGGUCACACAAAAAGUGGACUUUUGUUAUGGGGAGCAGGAGAAAGAUAAGUUUAACAGAAUUCUGAAGUAUUAUGAGGGAACACACAAUUUUCAUAAUUUCACGACAAGAACAAAAGCUGAAGACCCAUCUGCAAAGCGAUACAUAAUCACUUUUGCUGCAAAUGCCGUAGUUAAUGUUGAAGGCAUUGACUUUGUUAAGUGUGAGGUUGUUGGGCAAAGCUUCAUGCUUCAUCAAAUCCGUAAGAUGGUUGGUCUUGCUGUGGCAAUCAUGAGGAAUUGUUCUCCAGAAUCGUUGAUUCAAACAGCUUUCCGAAAGGAUGUUAAUAUUACUGUGCCCAUGGCACCCGAGGUUGGGUUGUAUUUGGAUGAGUGCUUCUUUACAUCAUAUAACCAAAAGUGGAAAGAUCACGAAGAACUGUCAAUGAAAGAUUAUGCAGAUGAGGCGGAGGACUUCAAAAUGAAGUAUAUAUACACACAUAUUGCAUUAGCGGAGCACAAGGAAGGAGUGAUGGCUUUAUGGCUGCAUUCUUUGAACUACCGUAACUACCCUGAUUUAGCUUCAUCAAACCAUGAAAAAACUGCAGAUGUUAAAAGUGGUGUAACUACAAAUAUAUAUACAAAGAGCGGGGCAGCCGUUGAUUUGUGUGAUUUGGAGAAUGAGGAAUCUGUGAAUGGCGAUACUAUUGAAUGUGAUGACAUGGCACUUUUAUGUAACGUGAACAAGACUGGUGAUCUGGACACGAGCACCAUUGAAACUGCAGCUGUUGCUAAUUUACAUGGUGGGACAAACUACAGUUCUGCAAAUGCAGAAAAGGCUUAGGAUGUACUUCGUAUUUCAUAUUAGGGAUCAUGUGUGUUUGUCAACAUCCCUGGUUUGGUUGAAUUACAAGUGGCUGGUGCCACCCUUACUCCCUUGUCCCCCCCCCCCCCCCCAAUCAGAGGAGGAAACCUCUCUUCUCCCUCAUCCACUACCACCCUUCAAACAAAAACAAACUGUCAGUGGGCAUUUGGUUGGCUGCAUGUGAGACACUAGAGGUAUAUAUUUUAUCUUCGUUUUUCUUUUUACCUCCUUUGAAAGUUUGAAGUUUUCCUCGCUGCCUAACUCAAUCUUUUGCAUGCGUUUUAUGGAAUGAGUGAGAUUAUGGAGUAUUGUAGAUUCGUAGCAUGUGUUUGCUUGUCUAGCUUUAUUCGAUGUAGUGUUACUAUGCAUUGAUACCGAUAAACAUCAAC